AUGGAAGAAAAUAACUUUGACUUUGACGACCCAAAAGUCCAACCCGUUCAAACAGACUUGGGUAGGUCGGCUCCUGAGAUAUAUGAACGGACCGGCAUAUCAAAACGCUUCAAACUACGUGACCCCAGUAUCCACCUAUACAGGAUCACUCGCCGGGUCAUCCAGCAGACAGGUAAAGGACGGAUACCGAGCAUGCAGGUCUUCACGAUCAUUGGGAAUGGGAACGGAUUGGUCGGGCUUGGUCGGGGUACCCACGCUGACAUGUCGCUCGCCACCAUUAAAUCGUACUCUCAGGCGAUAAAAAACAUGGAUUAUGUGGACCGGUUCGAAGACCGGACAGUGUGGACGGAGGUAGAAAGCAAGUUUGGUUCAACGAGGAUCCUGAUGCGACCACGGCCACUAGGGUUCGGGCUGAGGUGUGGACCGACGCUGCAUCGGCUGUUCAAAGCUGCAGGCAUCAAGGAUAUCAGUGCCAAGGUGUGGAAGAGCCGGAACCCGAUUUUGAUUUUGCAGGGUGCGCUGCGGAUGCUACAGAGUGGGCAUAAUCCACUGGGUAUGGGUGAUGGUGCUGGGGGCCCGGGGAGAAGGAUGCAGAAAGGAGCGGGCAUUCGCAGUUAUGACUCUGUGACGAGGGCUAGAGGUAGAAGCAUGGCUGGGUUGACGGUAUGA